AUGUUAAGACAAGCAGUCGCAACUCCCUCGCGGAUCGCCCGCUCAGCUCUCCGAGCUGUGGGCCAACAAAGAUUACCCAGCUCGGCUCCUAGCUUCAGGCAAAUUCCUCUCUCAGCUGUCUCCAGACCUGUCAGGACUACCUCUAUCAGGUGGUACAGCGCGGAACCCGAAUCCAAGGAUGCCGCCAAGGACGCCGCAAAGGACGGAGAGGCUGCCGCAGCAGACGCUUCCCCAGAGGCGGCGCUGAAGAAGGAACUGGAGGCAAAGAACAAGGAGGUGCUCGAGUGGAAGGACAGGUACUUGCGAUCUGUUGCCGACUUCAGGAACCUUCAGGAUAGGCAAGCCCGUGAAAUGAAGGCUGCCCGGGACUUUGCAAUUCAAAAGUUUGCUCGUGACUUGGUUGACAGCGUCGACAAUCUGGAGCGCGCCCUUGCCAUGGUCCCGGCCGACAAGAUCAAGGCCGCCAGCGAAGCAGCCAAGGACUCGGAGACUAAGCCCGAGUUCCUGCAAGAUCUCGUCAACCUGUAUGAGGGCCUGAAGAUGACCGAGAGCAUCUUGGUUUCGACUGUGGCCAAGCAUGGCUUGGAGCGUUUCAACCCCAACGGCGAGAAAUUCAACCCUAACGAGCACGAGGCCACCUUCAUGACGCCCCAACCCGACAAGGAGGACAACACUGUUUUCUUUACCCAACAGACCGGCUUCAAGCUCAACGGUCGUGUCAUAAGGCCUGCCAAGGUUGGCGUCGUCAAGAACUCAUAA